AUGGCCGAACAAGAUACUUUAGCCUCCCAUUUUGGAGGUCAUCCUAUUCCUACUGAGAAAGUAACGGAAAGGGUAUCUAGAUGGACUUUCGUAAGUCUAGGAAAGGCAGCAACGGAUGAUACAUCUAAUACAACCGUCUAUGAACAAGAUCGCUUCGCAUCUAACGCAUCUAUCAUUCCACCAUGGAAUCCCCAAGUUAACGCCACAGCAGUUGGAUUACUUCAACGUAGUUUUCUCCCAACACUAACUACCAAUACAACUCUCUCACUCAUCUCCUACACCAUCGCUCGAUUAACCAAUCGUCUCGACCUGAAAGACAUCAUCUGGCCACUCAGUCCCCUCAUCUCCUCCUGGACAGUCGCUCUCCAACGCUCUGACUUCGACAUCUCACAAACAUGCACAAACAUGACAUAUUCCCAAAAAUUAAUCAUGGCAGGCUUAACAACCUGGUCACUCCGUCUCUUCUACCGCAUAACAUCUCGCGCUCUUUCCCGCGGUGGAGACGCACAGACGGAGAAAUAUCAGGAGGAGAGAUAUGAGAAAAUGGGGGAGGAGGAGAAGUUGGGGGAUUUUAGGGGGUUGAAAGGGGAGAAGAAUAGUUUUUGGCCCGGCGUGCAGGAGUGGGAUAAUGGUUGGUUGUGGGGGGUCUUGGGGGUGGGCGUGGUGGGAGUACAUCCUUAUCCUUUUUUUGGGUUCACUUGGUCGGUUGGUACAUAUUUCGUUUCUGGGAAGAUGGUUCUGAUACUUCACUUGAUGUUUGAUUCUUUGUUGUAG